UCUGUCGUUCAGCUUCAGUCGGUCCCGAUGCUCCACAGCGUGUUCUGUUGCCGCAAGGUCUCUGUCCGCGUAUCGCUUUAUCGCUACAUCGUCAUAUCGUCAUAUCGCUAGACCUCCAUCACCAUGUAGUUGUAGUGACCCUAUCCCCGGUGUGUUCAGUGUGAUGUGAUGUUUUUAUUGAAAUACAUUAGAAAGUACGUUGGUAUGGGGCUGCCAGAUUUGACGGAGGUCCGUGCGGAGCGCGACGUGCUGCAGGCGCGCAUGUCGGAGCAGGCGCUGAAGAUCUCGUCGCUGUCGGCGCGCCUGCAGCAGCAGCGCAACGACGCGGAGGCGCUCUCGCACCAGGCCACCAGCCAGCUCACUGUGCAGCUGCACGAUGCGUUGGCUGAGGUACAAAGGUUGAAAGAGGAGCUGGACUCGAAGGACAAGCAGCUGACCCGGCUUAAGCAGCAUGUGGACGAGCGAGACCGCUUGCAAGAGCAACAUCACUCGCUGUACGGCAACUCGUGUAAUCCAAAAGACAAAGUAAUGAUCUUAGAACGAGAGCUAUCAUCAGCUCAGACCCGAAUCGCCCAGCUAGAAUCCCUCGCCAGGAGCUUAGAGAAGGAUAAAGAAGACCUUCAGACCAGCAUUAGGGAUCACCAACGUGAGCUCGCUGAGAAGGAGGAACAAUUACAAGAGUUGUUGGCGCUAAAACUCGACGAAGACAACCAUAAGGACGGGAACGACGCUGUUGAAGGGAAAACAUCUGCUCGCACUCUCAGCGACAUAGUUUCUAUAUCUGAGUUCGACGAACAAGACUUGCAAAUGAGGAGAGCUGAAAUUAAAGCUCAUAAUGUUAGUUUAACAGACGCGCCUUAUCCUACUGAGCUGAGAGAUAAAACGUUAAAUAGGACAUUGCCCCCAGAAAUGCAGAGGCCUAAUAUGAGUUCGUUAAACAUCGAAUGUACAGAUCAUUUUGAAUUGCCCAGUUACACUCCCAGAGCCGAUUCGUUACCAGCCCAUCUCACGUCUACGCAGAAUAAAGAUAUGGAAAAACCGUACAAGAGAAACGUUAAUGAAGUGACCUUGUUCGGAGCAGCGGUUGGUUUGGGAGACGUGCUCGCAACUGCUCAAAAAAUAACUGAUAAUUGCUCAAUGUACCCAAACAGGGACGUAGAUGACACGAAAAAUGUUAGUGUCGAACCGAAGAAAAUUAAUUUCUCGCUUGAAGCGACAAGUGAUAAGGAAGAAUUCACUUCCUUAAGAGAGUUGGGAAUAACGUUGGAUAUAAAACAAGAAAACUUCCCAGACAUAUUGACACAGUUGAAACAUGAAAUUAAGAAGUCAAGAAGUGAAUUGGAGAUUUGUAAAUCGGAGCUUAAAAAUGCCGAGGAGCAGUUGUGUGAGUUCCCGGCUUUAAAAGAAGAAGUAGAAGAAUUAAAAGGGCUUUUGGAGAACACUAUGGCAACUAUGGAAAAUGACAAGAAGUAUUAUGAGAAUGAACUUGAGAAUUUUGUAUCUAAUAAGAAACUAUUAGAACAACGCGUUGCGGACCUUACUAAUGAAGUUACCGAGGGCUCUAAGAACCUACAUUUGCUCAAAGAAGAUAUUUUGAGGAGAGAAAAUAUGAUAUUGGAGUUGGCUAAAGAAAAACGUAACUUGACCAACAGAAUCGCAGAAUUAGAGGUUAAGAUAGAUGAAUUGCAAAGCAAAAAUGCUGCUUUAGAGAAGUUUGAAACUGAAAACCACCAAAUGAGAGAAAAAAUUGUCGAAUUACAAAAAUUGGAGAACCUUGUAUCGGAAAAGAAUCAACAGAUUGAUAGUCUGAAUCAACACCUAGACAGACUCGAUGAUCUGCAACGCUGUCUGCAUGAUAAAACUGAGGAACUAAACAACCUUAAUAAGGCCAUGCAAGAGAAAACUAACGAAGUGUUCCAUCUCCAAACUACGGUUGAAUCGCUUAAACGUGACGUAACAAGACUUAAUACAGAAAAUGAUAAACUCAAUUCAGACAACAAGGAAUUAAAACUACAAUUGACGAAGCUUGAGAAAGAGCAAGAAAACUCUUCACUGAAAUUACAAAAUAGUGAAAGCGAAUUGGAAAGAGUCAAUUCAUUGAACGAAGAAAUGAAUUUGAAAAUACAAGAACUUAAACUCUUGACUGAUCAACUUAAGGAUAAAGAGACAGAGAUCGAGAUACUGAAUGAGGACAUAAAUGCUUUCCACGAAGAGAUAGCGACGUUGAAAGAACAAUUGAAGAUGGCGUCAAGAAGCCCCUCGCCGAGAAAGAGUGGAGACGAGAAGAAGGUGGAUCGGCAGGCAAGCAGUGACAAGAAACAAUUAGUGAAGAUAAGGAAACAGAUUUCGCUGCUGCAACACGAACUAGACUUCAACAAGAAAGAAUUGAACGAUAAGGCAUUCGAACUUGCAAAAGCGAAACUGGACGUGACAGAACUGAAGAACACGAUGAGCCAGGCGACGAAACACUCCGCGGACAAGGAGUCCGCCAACCUGGAGCUCAGGCAGCAGAUGGAAACUAUGCACGUGGAGAUACAGGAACUGAAGGAAGAGAAGCAGAGGCUAGAGGAGCAGCUCGAGUUCGUGACGGCUCGGUUGCGAGAGGAGUGCAACGUGUCGGAACUGAGGGCUAAGCUGAGACAAAAAUCGGAAAGGUGCGAAGACUUAGAAAAUGAAUUGCAGGACUUGAAGGAGCUUGUUGAAAGGUACGUCUUAUGCUUUGUAGAUGCUUAUAAAUAUAUAAAAAAAUAUAGUCUAUGGUCAUUGAAAUUAAAGACGAAUCGGCAGACAUUUUGUUUGUCAAAAUUGAUUCGUUAGGAACGUCGCUAGAGU